AUGUCAUCAUCUGAUAAAGCAAUUCUGAGUCAAUUUCAACUUGAAAAUGGUUGUUUACUUGGUGGACCUGUUGAAAUUCCAUUAAUUAUAAAUAUUCGUCAAUUAAAUAGUGUUGCUAAUGGACUUAUACAAGCACAACAAACAUUAUUAAAUAAUAAUGAAUUAAUUCCAUAUUCAUUUUAUAUUGAUGAUAUUGAAAUAAAAGAAUCAUUAGAAAAAUAUUUUCAAGAUCAAACAAAUAAACAAGCAUUUGAAAAAACUUUAAAUAUAACUUGUGUACCGAAAGCAAGAUUUCAAGUUAUACCUGUUGAAAGAUGUACAGCAACAAUUGAAGGACAUCUUGAAGCUAUAACUGUUUUACAAUUUAGUCCAAAUGGAAAAUUAUUAGCAUCAGGUAGUGGUGAUACAACUGUUAGAUUUUGGGAUUUAAAUACACAAACACCUUUGGAUGAAUAUGGAAAAGCACAUCAACAUUGGAUAUUAUGUUUAAGUUGGGCACCAAAUGGAAAAAUUGUAGCAUCAUCAUGUAAACAAGGUCUUAUUGGAUUAUGGAUUGGUGCAACUGGUAAACAAUAUGGUAAAUAA